ACGAAGUCGACCAUUGCUUAGCUCCUGUCGACAAUCGCAGUCAGCAGACGAAACUACAGCAGAGCGGAUCGAGAUCAUAGUGACGCCGCUUUCGUUUCGACAGUCUGUAAUCGAGAAAUGUCGAGAAGGUGCAUACAUAGUCACUAAAGUGGUCGGACCUACUGUCGCGGUGUGGGACUUGUUGUGCGGCAAACCGCCAUGAUCUUAGCGCAUAGAAUAUUGGAAUGAUGCCGCGACGCACCAAUAAACUUUCAUAUGGAGAAUGAAACGAUUUGGCAGUCAAUUUUGUCCGUCGAGAAUCAGUCCGUUAUCCCAUUUGAUUUUACUUUGGACUUUUCAAGACACUUUUAUUUCUUUGGCUGUUUUGGCACACCUACUGGACUGGACACUGUCAUGCCUCUGUCUCUCUUGUGACAUCGAGUUUCGGCGUUUUUUCUAGGCUAUUUAUGGUUUAUUUGAAUAGUGACAUGAUAUAAACACUGAUAUAUCGAUUAAACAUCAAUCUGAAGCUUUGCACAUUGUGUAGGACCAUUUUCAACACCUGUCCCUGAUGGACUUCAUGAGAGAAGAGAACUUUCUAGGACUGUUCUGUUUCAUAGAUCUUAUAGGACUUGAUAUCUUGGGGAAGUUAGAAUAGGACAGGAGCCACCAUGGGUGUCAGGCAGAGUAUCCCCGUGGCUGAGAGUCGAACCCGGGCGUAUUCUAGCCCUGUUGAACCCUCUGGAAGCAGCACUACCCCAGGGUUCAGAUACACAGCCAGUCCUGGCGGCCCCAGAAUUCGCUACACCGGAGGGACCCAACCCAGCUCCUACCACCAGACAGGGAUGAUUAUACCACAUGGUGGCCGGAGCAGCCGUCUGGGCCAGGGGGAGACAGAUGUGGAGAGAGGAGGAGAACACCAGAUGAUGAUUGGCUCUCUACCACUUCACCUGUCCCCUCACCUACUGGGAGGCUUUCUCUGUCCUGUGUGCAGUACGUUUGUGGCGUCAGAUGUGAUGGAGAUCCAUCUGAUCAUGUGUCUCACCAAAUCACGACUCCGCUACAACGAGGAUGUUCUGGUGAAAGAUAGUGGGGAGUGUGCCAUCUGUCUAGAUGAGAUGGAGCAGGGACACACCAUCUCUAGACUCCCCUGUCUCUGUAUAUACCACAAAGGGUGUAUAGACGAGUGGUUUGAGGUGAAUCGUUCGUGUCCAGAGCACCCCUUGGACUAAGGGCUCAGAUUCCCACAGAAUAUCUACCAUCUAUCUACUUCAUCCCCAUCGUCAUGACAUGCUGGCCUACGAAUCUACUUCAUCUAGAUCUGUGUCUGACCUGCUGGUCUGUGAAUCUACUUUACCUAUCAACGUCUGACCAGUGACACGAGCCUGUGAAGUUUAGCAGAGCUAGGAAUUGCCAGGAACCUCAUGAUACGAUAUUAUCACGAUACUUACGUUUCUUUUUUUUAUACUUUUAGUCAUUUAGCACAGUGGUUCCCAGGGUGGGUGCGGGGGUCUCAGUCCAGCUUUAAACCUACUCUUGAAAGUUGUAAUAGUAGAAUGCACAAGGUGCAAUUUAGAAAUUGGGCAGUGCAUCAUCAGUCCUCUUGUCACGUUAGUCAUUGUAUACCUUAGAGAGCUGUUUAUAACUUGUCAGAAAUGUCCAGAAGAACUAGCCCAUGUCAGCUAACAAUUGUAUUUGCACCAUGACAAAAUGUGUAGAAUUGCAUGAAAUAAGCUUUAAACCUGCAAAAUUCUCUCCACCAACAAGAGGGGUGUGAAUCACCAAAAGUGAUUGUGCCCAUAGAAAUAGACGUAGCAUAUGUGCGCGCAGGGGAGGCUUGGGAUAUUCCCCACUGCUGGAAGUGGGGCCCUGAGUGAAAAGGUUUGGGAACCCCUGAUUUAGCAGACAGUCUUAUCCAGAGUGACUUACAGUUACUGCAUUCAUCUUAAAAUAGCUAGGUGGGACAAUCACAUAUCACAGGCAUAGUAAGUACCCGUGGAGGUUGGUGGGAGGAGCUAUAGGAGGAGGAUGGGCUCAUUGUAAUGGCUGAAAUGGAACAGUAUCAAACACGUCAAAAAUAUGGAAACCAUAUGUUUGACUCAUUUCCAUUCCAGCCAUUACAAUGAGCCCAUCCACCUAUAGCUCCUCCCACCAGCCUCCACCGAUAAGUACAUUUUCCCCAAAGUCAGAGCUAGAUGGGGGUGGGGGAGGGAGUCGAGUGCAAAUGUUGGUUCAUAAACUACGUAGGUGCCAAUACGAUAUGUAUUGCGAUUCUAUAUGUAUUGUGAUUUUAAUUGCGAUUUGAUGUUCCAAACAUAUUGCUCACCAUAUGUCUGCUGCAGAGAGACAAGAGAGAGCAUGAAAACGAGUUUUGAUCAUUCUGUGAAAUAAGAGCUGAAAACAUGUUGGCUCAGUAUUUAAAAAGAAGACCGAGAACAACCUAUAGGAUGAAAAAUACGUGAGUUCUGGUGCAGGUACAGCUGACUAGUACUAGCAAUUAUUAUUAUUUGUAAAUCUUUUAUUUUUUACAAAUCAAAGCUUGGAGUCAAAUAUUGAUAAUAUCGUCCAAAAUAUCACGAUAUGUAACUGUAUACAUUUUCCCCACAUCACUACUGGUUUGCCUCACUCACUUGCUAAAAGACUAAACGGGAUAACCUGAAUAUACACUUAAACGCACAUUUAGAGACCAUUAUGGGUUAUGGGUCUUCUGAGAGUGUUGGUAGACUGCUAAAAGAGCAGAGUUCUGGUGCCCGACUGCAGUCGAUGACGUGGCACGCAACCAUUGGUUGAAGCAUGCAACGUCUGAGCAGGGUAGCACGACCAUCACCUCCAGUGAUCUAAUCCUCUCAGAUUUGAGUGAGUAUUGUGGAAUCUGGGAUUGGGGGGGGCAUACAUUCAUUGAUUCAUAUUACUGUAUGACAAUGCUGCGGAGUGAGGGAAUUUAGACAAUUGUAAGCGCUGUGACUGAAACAUGCUGCUAAUUUUGAGUCUCAAUUACACACAUUUAUGUCAAUUAUGAAAUCA